UCAGGCAGAAGUGCGCACUGUAGCCUGCUAUUCAUAUUCACAGGUCUGCUGAAACAGCAUGUCAGUAGACCUACCAAGGACAGAGCCUUUGAGUCGAGCUGUUUGAAUGCAGCAUUUGUUUUAAAUGUAAUGUUGAAUGUGUGUUAUUCCUUCCAUGGAUGAGACCUGAACAAAAAGUUGUCACUUGCAGCAGACUCCUUUGCGUAAAGGACCGGAUCUGAAUCAUGUAUUGCGCAGAAUCUCUGAUCACUUAGGAUUAAUUUACAGGACAGUGGUGCAUCUCCACCUCACAGGAUGCGAGUCGCGCGCUGAAUGUUAUUGCAUGGUUGUGGGCAGGGAGUUCCAAACUUGCGCAAAGACCCUGGUUCUGAACAAGUAGCCUAUUAGUACUUGUCACAAGUAGGUAGGCUAUUUGAUACAAUGUCAGCCUUACGGCGGAAAUUUGGCGAGGACUACCAGGUGGUAAACACCAACCGGGACACGACUUUUUCCGCACCGGCGAAGAGAAAGAGGCAGCGGUUUGUGGAGAAGAACGGUCGCUGCAAUGUCCAGCACGGUAACCUUGGCGGAGAGACCAGCCGAUACAUCUCCGAUCUCUUCACCACGCUGGUGGAUCUCAAGUGGCGCUGGAACCUUCUCAUCUUCAUCCUCACUUACACAGUUGCAUGGCUGGUCAUGGCUUCAAUGUGGUGGGUGAUCGCCUACAUCCGCGGCGACCUGAGCCACGGUCGCCACGACUCGUCCUACACCCCGUGCGUCGCCAACGUGUACAACUUUCCCUCCGCGUUCCUGUUUUUCAUCGAGACGGAGGCGACCAUCGGCUACGGCUACCGCUACAUCACUGAGAAGUGCCCGGAGGGUAUCAUCCUCUUCCUCUUCCAGUCGCUGAUGGGGUCCAUCGUUGACGCCUUUCUCAUCGGCUGCAUGUUCAUCAAGAUGUCGCAGCCGAAGAAGCGCGCCGAGACGCUGAUGUUCAGCCAGGACGCGGUCAUUUCGCAGCGAGACGGGAAGUUGUGUCUCAUGUUCCGAGUGGGGAACCUGCGGAACAGUCAUAUGGUGUCCGCUCAGAUUAGGUGCAAACUCAUUAAGUCUCGGCAGACCCCAGAGGGCGAGUUCCUGCCCCUGGAUCAGUGUGAGCUGGAUGUGGGUUUUGGGACGGGGGCGGACCAGCUCUUCUUGGUGUCGCCUCUAACCAUCUGCCACGAGAUCAACACCAAGAGCCCGUUCUUUGAUCUGUCGCAGCGCUCACUCAUGAACGAGCAAUUUGAGAUUGUUGUCAUCCUAGAGGGCAUCGUGGAAACCACUGGUAUGACAUGCCAGGCGAGGACAUCUUACACCGAAGAUGAAGUCUUGUGGGGCCAUCGUUUCCUCCCCGUCAUGUCACUGGAGGAGGGCUUCUUCAGAGUCGACUACUCCCAGUUCCACAACACCUUUGAGGUCAAUACGCCUCCAUACAGCGUCAAAGAGCAGGAGGAGAAGUCCCCAUUAAAGUCGCCCAACUCUCUUUCUGUUGCACCCACCCCCUUAUCCCCUCAGCUGGGUAAUGAUGGCCGAGGAGGCCGCAGGGAAAGGCUUAUGUCAGCUGACUAUGCAGACCACGUAGAGGACCAAUCCUACAGGUUGCCCAGCAAACUUCAGCGCAUGAGCUCCACCAAGGAGGAGAACCUUUGGAGGGGACUGAAGACAGGGCCAGCCUUGCCUGGGGGGAAGGCCUCCAGCACAGGAGACCUUCCACUUAGUAUUCAGAGGCUGAGGUCCAGCUCCAUCCCGGUUGUGAGGCAAGCACAUCUGGAUGAGCAGGUCCAGCUGCUGUCCUUGGAUGGAGAACCUGAGGAGGAUGAGCUGGAGAAACACAGACUACCAGCAGCCAAAAGCACCAUCACUGCUCCAACCCUAACCCCAGUUCAGAUCCCCUUGGUAGGGGGUCGGCCAGAGGACAACCUGCCUGCCAAACUGCGCAAAAUGAAUGCUGACCGCUGACUUCUGCAGACUAUACCUUGAAGUUUUUCAAAUUAAAAUUGGACUUGAUGGGCAUUGCAUAUACCGUAAAAAAAAUACUAUUGUGAUAUAAGUUUUAUUUUUUUCUGCAGUUUUUAGCCAGUAUUUUACAUUUAUUGACGGGCUCUCUACUUAGUUGUCCAUUGCCACAAAUAGAAGGACAACGCCAAUAAGCCAUCCAUCCGCUCGUACUGUGAGUUAUUUUUGAUAGAUCACCAUCUGUGCCCCCCACUGACUUCGAACACUUCUGUCCUUUUUCUUUUUUCUUUAAAGUUACAAAGUUACAUCAAAUACUUUAUUAUCUCAAACAACUACACUUUCUUUACCUAAUCAAGCACCAAAAUGUCAUAAAUAAGCCUGACCUGAAUUGAUCAUUCGCUAAACCCCUCCCCCGAACACAACAGGUCUGUCAAGCUUUGGAUUUCUCCACAUACCUCCAGCAGUGUACAUGGGGCUUUAUUAAGACUAAAAACCCACUGGAAGCAGCAUGAAGCAAAGUUUGCCCCCAUUCAUUUUCUACUUGGCAUGAGUGAAUCGACUUGCAAGGUAUUGUUGACUUUCUGGCAAUGUGGGACUGACCAGCGAUUUGAAAAAAGGGAAGGGUCGAAAGUUGAACAUCAUUUAACCUUAUGCAAAUGAGGGCAAACUUCACUUUGUCUGCUUCUAGUGGGUCUCCUCCGUAAGAGUGAUACCUCUGCAUUUCCAAAGUUUGGAUAGUGGGGUCUAUCUUUUAACCUUUCCAAACCAAAAACACAAGAACAAAAGUGUGAGGAAUGCAUGAAACUGUGAGUUUAUAUGCUCUAAAGUAAGCUGCAAACGUUAUCAGUCGAACAAGCUUACUAUCUACAGUACUACAAUCGUUACUUUCAUGGCCAAGGAGCACUAUAAGUAAUUGACUACCUACCAUAGUUUGUGGGGUUACAGGUCAUAUUAAAAAAAACACCUUCCACAACUAUAGCACAUCCACUGUGUAGGAUUUCCACACUGUAUGGAAGCCGAUCCUGGAAGAUAUCGGAGUGUAGGCUACAGAAGCAGCUCCGUCCUGCUCAGCCAGUGACCAAGUUUUGAGCCAACUUGUAUAGGUAACAUUAGCUUUAUUAGCUAGCUAACAAACAGCUCAAGCGGCAACUCCUGGUUCUAAAAAAUUAAGACAAAGCAGAAGUGCCAAAAAUUGCAGUUCCUUGAAUGGCCACUUGAGGCUUGCCGCAAAAGGCUGCUUUAAGUGACAGGCGACCGCCACAGGAGACUGUAGGCUUCAUUCGGCCCUCCUCAGCUCCAUCCACACUCCACCUCUUUGCCGAUGACAUUUGGACCGAUGUCAGGCACUGCCAAGAAGGUGACGGCCAGAACCACCGGGAGUUGCCCACUUUGAGCUUCAUUUUGGCUCUUCUGAAACCUAUGGGUAAUGUCACAGGAACUAUGUCCAUAUUUUAUACAGUCUCUGGUACAGUUGGCAAAAUCAUUGGUUGCCUGCUAGAAAUGAGAAACCUGCUUUUGUCUACCUCUGUGAAAUUAAGCACCCAUUGUUUAAAAUAUAACUAAGAAUUUAGAGUAGUAACUCUGCCACUGUCAUUGAAAACUGCAAAUGUGCCGUGUGAGAACGAAAGCUUGACAGGCAGAGCAACAGUAACUAUGGCAGACAGGGCUUAGCCAAUGGUCAAUCAACCUGAAAUGGGUAAAAUAGACUCACAAAAACAUCAGUCAGGUUGAUACACUGUAUGUUUUUACCACUUGUACUGAACAUUUCUUUAUUUGAAUGCUCACUUGAUUUGUAUGUUUACUACUGUACAAUUUAAUCUAUUUUUUACCUGUGUGCAGUGUUUGCAUUGGCCUGUUAUACGCAUGGGUGCAAUUUUGGACUCUUUUAUCAUGAACUGAUUUAUUAAAAUGUAAAAAAACUAAUAUUUGGGAAUGCAGGGUUGCUGACAUCAGGGGACACAUGUAUUAUUGCUAAUAUAAGAUACAACUUAAUAUUGCAACUGCUAAAUAAUAAAUUAUUUGAAAUCA